CACCAGGAGUGCUAGUGCUGUUCUAUUCGAGGUCGUCGGAGACGGACGGCAGGUAAAAGUAUUAGUCUUUGUUAACUUAAUAUAUUGUUUAUAUAGCAAUAUACAGUUAACAAGGAUGUCUAAGGCCAAAGGACCUCAAGAUUUACCUCCAAAGGGAGGAUAUGUUCCCUUUCAAAUCGAACGAAUCAAGCUGCGCUCAUUCGCAACAGGUAAAAUGGGUAUAGGUAUAUUUAUUGCUGUUAAUGUUAUUGGAAUGCCACUGUAUAUGCAGAAUUGGAGAAGUGAACGAAAACGUAUUAUUGAGGCCAAAAGUAGGGAAUUAGCAGCAUUUCCUAUCUUGUUUGCAGAAAACGAUAGAGCAUUGUUAAAACAAUUGAAACGUGUGAGAGAAGUAGAAGCUGAUGUAAUGAAAGAUUUCCCAUAUUGGGAAGUGGGUACAUUCUUUGGAGAACCAAUAUAUGAGGAUGUGCCAGUAGAUACAUAUAUUAAACCCACUCUUGGAGAGCUGUACGUGUUCUCAGAUCCUACGAACAAGCCAGUUUUGGAAUAUAUACAUUUAUUCCCAUAAAUUUACUAUUGUAAGUUACACAGAAUAGUUUUGUUGUAUAAUAAAUAUAAAUAAUAAAUAUAGUUGAUAUUAACGUA